UGGUCAAAGAAAAUGGAUAGCUAUUCAAACUUCAAUGGAAACAACCUCUCAUCUUCAGUUAAUGUGUCUAUUUCCUUGCCUGAAGAAGUUGGACUCAAUGCCACGAGCGGUACUCCUUCUAUGUCAAUAAGCAGGCUUUUCCCAGCCUUGUUAGAAUGCUUUGGAAUAAUUCUUUGUGGCUACAUAGCUGGAAGAGCCAACAUUAUCACAUCAACUCAGGCCAAAGGACUGGGAAAUUUUGUGUCCCGUUUUGCACUCCCAGCUCUACUGUUCAAAAACAUGGUGGUACUUAAGUUUUCUAACGUGAACUGGUCCUUCCUGUACAGCAUUUUGGUUGCUAAAGCUGCUGUGUUUUUCUUAGUCUGUGUUUUAACAUUGUUGGUAGCAAGUCCAGAGAAGCGAUUUAGCAAAGCGGGUUUGUUCCCUAUUUUUGCUACACAAAGCAAUGACUUUGCACUGGGAUAUCCAAUAGUUGAAGCUUUGUAUCAAACCACUUAUCCAGAAUAUCUCCAGUACAUUUAUCUAGUGGCUCCAAUAUCUCUGAUGAUGCUAAACCCCCUGGGGUUUAUCUUCUGUGAAAUCCAGAAGUGGAGGGAUAAUCGCACUGCGUCACAGAGCAAAAUCAAAAUAGUGGGCCUAGCACUUCUCAGAGUUCUGCAGAACCCAAUUGUAUUCAUGGUCUUCAUAGGAAUUGCCUCAAACUUUAUUCUUGGCCAGAAAAUUCCUGAAUACCUUGAAAACUUCCUCGAUGGACUGGGCAAUUCAUUUUCUGGCUCUGCACUUUUUUACCUUGGACUAACGAUGGUAGGACAGACUAAGAAACUGACAAAGAGUAUGUUUGUUACACUGAUCCUUCUCAUCACAGCUAAACUACUCAUGAUGCCGUUCCUCUGUAGGGAAAUGGUGGAACUCUUUGACAAGAGUGACAACGUAGUCAACCAUACCAGUUUAUCAAACUAUGCAUUUCUUUAUGGAGUUUUUCCAGCAGCACCUGGUGUCGCAAUAUUUGCAAGUCAAUUUAAUAUGGAAGUAGGAAUUAUUACCUCAGGCAUGGUGAUAAGCACUUUUGUGUCUGCACCUAUUAUGUAUGUUUCUGCCUGGCUGUUGACCAUUCCAUCUAUGGACCCCAACCCUCUGGCAUCUGCUCUCCAAAAUGUUAGCUUUGACAUAAGUAUUGUCAGCCUCAUUUCUCUGAUCUGGUCUCUUACUGUUAUUCUUCUGAGUAAGAAAUACAAACAGCUUCCUCAUAUGAUUACAACGAAUCUCCUUGUUGCUCAGUUUGUUGCUUGCAUUGGAAUGGUUGUAUGGAAUUUUGUUGCUAAACAGAACGACAUCACCAUGCAGAUCCUAGUAUUUAUAUUCCUGUACAGCUCACUUUAUAGCACCUACCUGUGGACAGGUUUUCUGUCUUUCUCUUUGUUUCUGUUGAGGAAGACAGAAACAGUGAAGAUUCCCAUUGGGUUUAUUAUCAUAGCUGGAUGGGGAAUUCCAACACUUCUGGUGGGAAUCUUACUAAUUUUUGGUCAAUGUAACAACAUGACUAUUGACUCUGCCUUUUUCUAUGGAAAAUAUCAGAUAAUUACCACAGCAGUGAUUCUGUUCAUCAGUAUAUUGAUGUCAGGUAUCUCACUUAUGUGCAUGAACAGAACUAGGCAAGAGUCAAGCUAUGAGGUGCUGAAUCCAUAUUCACCACGUAGCCAAGUGGAGGGAGUUGCGGAAAGGACUGAGAGGAAUCAAAUUUCAGCCACUGUUCCUCAGUCUUCUGCAGGAUCUUCUGCACAACCUUCUCUAGAAUCUUCUGCACAGCCAUCUCCUGAAAGAGGUUGCUGUUCUUGUCAAACAAAAAAUAGUGAAUUAUCCUGUGCUGGAGAGAACAAAGUGGUGUCAAAUUGUGUUGAGAGCAAGGCUCCUCCAAUUGAAACAGCUGAUCAGUGUGUAAAUCAGUGCAGUGCUCAAACCUGUGUAUUGGCUCAGGAAGAACAGCUUCUACAGACUGGAGACAAACAGCUGGCCAGACACGUGCUACUGUGCUUACUUCUUGUUGUUGGCUUAUUUGCUAAUCUUUCUAGUUGUUUGUGGUGGCUGUUCAACCAAGAACCUGGAAGGCUGUACGUGGAAUUGCAGUUUUUCUGCGCUGUGUUUAAUUUUGGCCAGGGUUUCAUUUGCUUUGGCAUUUUUGGCUUGGAUAAGCAUUUAAUCAUUCUACCAUUCAAGCGAAGACUUGAAUUUUUCUUGGGAGGAAGAGAAGCAGCAGGGCAUAGUGAUCCCUCUGUACCUGAGGAAAUCAGGAUGACCUGUCAACAGUUUGUUCGUUAUCAUAAAGAUCACUGUGUCAAAAGUAUUGUCAGAGGCAGAAGGUGUGGUGCGAAGAUCUCUACUGGCAUCUUCUUUGGCUGUGACCUGGUGAACUGGCUCAUGCAAGUUGGCCUUGCCUCUGACCGUGGUGAAGCUGUGAUGUAUGGAGACAGACUGAUGAAAGGAGGCAUCAUCCAGCAUAUCACAAAUGAAUUUGAGUUUCGAGAUGAAUAUUUGUAUUACCGCUUUAUUCCAAAGAGAUCAACUCCAGCUGAGAGUCAUUGACCUAAGCAGGUAGACAGAGGACAGGCAAAUAGGGGUGAGUGUGACUACCUCUUCUGCCUUCACUGCUGAAAUGUGCAGUAUUUUUCUCUUGGGGCUCUCAGAAAGUUGUGGGUUUUUUUUUUAAAGUUAAGAGAUGUGGUUCUAGUUGCAUCUGCUCUGAAUGAAGUGGUAGCAACCAAUAUUUACUGAGCGUUCCAACCCAAAUGCAACUAGAACGAAGUAGAGAUGCUCUGGUCCUGGAGCAUUUUUUCCAUUUGGAAUGAAACACAUAGUGGAGUAUGUGUCACUGCCAUAUUAGAGAGGCAUUAUAACAGCAGCUUCAGUGACUGCUGCCACAAGUUAAACAAAAAAACCCCAAACAAAAUGUGAACAAAAGAGAUGUUGCUCUAUAUUCUCCAUGUUUUAGUGUGAUAAAGCAUCAAGGUUUAUGGUCACCCUUCCCCCUAACUUCAUAGAAGGAAGAUUUCUUCCAUCAUACCCAUUUUUACUAUUCUCCUCUUGUCUAACACCAGAAACCUUUUCUAGCUGUUUACACCUCAGAUCAGGUGGGUUUUUUUUCCUUAAAGAUAAAAUCCUCUGUUUGUAAAAUUAGAAUUGUUGUGAAGAUAAUUCUGAUGUGAGAGGAUUAAAAUGGAGGUAAUACUGAGUGCAAUAUACUACAGUUUUGUACAAACUUACCAAAUUUUAAGGCCCUAUAAAAAUAUCCAUAGCUCCCACUGUGGUAAGAAAGAAUUCCCAUAAAAUGGAAUUUCAUCUUAAAUAAUUAUUUCUGAUGUUUUGCCUUGUGGUGGUCAGAGCAGCUUUGUCAAGACUAGAUUUUUUAUUUCUCCCCCCAGUUUAGCUCAGAAGUGCCAGCUGCAAAUAAAGAAGUUAUGGAAACCUUGACUUACACAGGUAUCCUAGACAAAACAAGAAUUAUCAAUGUUUUAAAAAUUAAAUACAAUGACUUUAAAAUCUAUUAUGUAAAGAAUCCAAACUGAACAUCCAAGUUAGGGUUCAGAGUAGCUAGAGAAUAUUUUCAGUAUUGGUUGUUGGAACACAGGUUUCUAAUAAGCCUCAGGUAUCCUCCUAUGAUGUUGAAAUACCUGCUCAAAUGUCACUCAGAUUCCCAUGCACUAAAGGCAGAAACUGUAUCUUCUGCAGUCUGAUAGCCAUUAUGCUGUUGCUUUAAAAGUGCAGGAACAGCAUUUGUAUACCUAUAUAAAAAAUUUAUAUAGUGAGGGAAAGAAACCUAGGUAUUAAAAAUAGAUUUGCUCAAGCAAGCACAUGAAUAACUCUUGUCAUCCUGUUUUUAAAAGUCCCUUCCCUCUUUGUUUUUUUUUUUCCUGUUUAUAGUACACAGAUUUGUACUGCUUAUGCAUCUACUUUUUUAUUAAAAAUUAGAAGUGAUUUUAGCAGCCUAAACUACUGUUCAAGAAAACAUUGUUUUAUAGUAGCUAUAACUCCAUGCAAGGCAUGUUGGAAAAAUAAUUUCUUUUUCUGUCAGUCUUACUGCACUCCUACAGUGUGGACAGAAACAACUGCAUCCUACCACAUACAUAUGCUACAUGAGCUGACAUAAUGUAAUGAUUUCCAGUAACAAAAUAAUUGAGAGCUGUAUCUGGCUGUGGCCACAAAGGAAAACAAUAGAGUAUUUCCACUGCAACUGCAUAAGAUGAGUACAUCAAAUACCGUGAAAUAAUUGGAUAAAUGUAACUUAAGAGCAGAAGCCAUGAGUAUGUCUGGCUUCUAAGUACUGGAAUUUCUCAAUAAAUCUGUUACUUGAUUUCA